UUGAGAGGCCUAGGCGCGUAGCAGCACAUAUUGGCUCACCUAGCCUUUUUAUUUUAAACGGAUAUUAACUAAACAUUAAACUCUGUACGUGGAAUCUUUAUUUCAUCAGCAGUGAGUAUAAAAUUACGUAAAUGCUUGCGUUUACGGAAACUGCGCUGGAAACAUCAAAUAACAUCGCCCCAUCUUCAUCGCCAUCGUCUUAGGCGAUUUCUUUGACGACCUAAAUAUCUAUGAUUCCGGAUCAGUUCAGAGAAAGUCUCUCCACCGGUGGCCGGCUCACUUUAUUCUAAAGCUCUUCUGCAUAUACAAAUUUGUACUUUUCAUUUUUCCAUAUCUCAUUUCCCAUCCCUUUACGGGUGGCUUGUACACGUUUGUAAUAGAACAUUGUAUUAUGGUCAUUGCCAUUGUUGAAAUUUCCUCACUAUAAUGAGAACAUUGUGUUGCUCUUCUUAAUCUCGGAUUGUAGCCUUGGAUUUGUGCUAUAUGUGCUGAGUUUUUCAAUAUGUCUUGAUCUGAGCUGAUGGUUACUUGGACAAAGUUGUGCUACUCUUAGCUUGGUUGAAUUUGGAAAGUCGUAUUUAUUUUUCUAUAGAGACUGGACUUUGGAUUGGAUAAGCUUCAGUUCUUGCUCUGGGUUGGUUGUUUAGUAAUGGAGAGUUUAGCACAGUUAGAAGCAUUGUGUGAGAGGCUGUACACUUCACAAGACUCAUCUGAACGAGCCCAUGUUGAGAAUACUCUUAAAUGCUUUUCUGCAAAUAUUGAUUACAUUUCACAAUGUCAGUUUAUUCUGGAUAAUGCAUCCACUCCUUAUGCAUUGAUGCUGGCUAGUUCAAGCCUCUUGAAGCAAGUCUCUGAGAACAAUCCUUCAUUGCAGCUCCGCCUAGAUCUCUGGAAUUACCUCAUAAGCUAUUUGGCAAACAGAGGUCUUGACUUGCAACCUUUUGUGAUUGCAUCUCUCAUUCAACUCUUAUGCCGAAUCACCAUGCUUGGGUGGUUUUGUGAUGAUAGGUUUAGAGAACUGGUUGCAGAAUCCAUAAAGUUUAUGACUCAGGCAACAUCCAAUUAUUAUGCUAUUGGUCUAAAGAUCUUGAAUCAGCUUGUUUGUGAGAUGAACCAGCAAAAUCAAGGGGCAGCUUCAACCCAUCAUAGGAGAGUGGCAUCCUCGUUCCGGGAUCAGUCUCUUUUACAAGUUUUCAGGAUAUCUUUAACAUCCUUGCAUCAGUUAAAAAAUGAUGUUCAAACUGCAGUCAUAAGUCGACUACAGGAAUUGGCACUAUCUCUGUCCCUGAAGUGUUUAUCUUUUGAUUUCAUUGGAAUGUCCAUUGAUGAAAGUUCUGAAGAGUUUGGUACUCUUCAGGUUCCAUCUUCAUGGAAAUCAAUAUUAGAGGAACACUCAACUCUGCAGAUCUUUUUUGAUCACUACGCUCUUGCAAAGGGCCCUGCUUCCAAAGAGUCAUUGGAGUGUUUGGUCCGGCUGGCCUCUGUAAGACGCUCUGUCUUCACAGAUGCUGCUGCACACACAAAGUUCUUGGCCCAUCUCAUGACAGGAACCAAAGAGAUUUUACGAACUGGCCUAGGUCUAGGUGAUCAUGAUAAUUACCAUGAAUUUUGUCGUCUUCUGGGACGAUUCAGAAUAAGCUAUCAGUUAUCAGAAUUGGUCAAAGUGGAAGGAUAUGGUGAAUGGAUACAUUUUGUGGCUGAAUUCACAUUUAAGUCGCUACAAUCUUGGCAGUGGACUAGCAGCAGCGUGUAUUACCUUUUGGGUCUCUGGUCUAAGUUGGUGAGCUCUGCACCAUACCUGAAGGGUGAUGCACCAAGCUUGCUUGAUGAAUUUGUUCCGAAAAUUGCUGAAGGAUUCAUUACUUCAAGGUUUGAUUCUGUGGAGGCUACUACUCUUCCUGAUGAUUCUUCAGAGAACUUGUUGGAGAACACCGAGCUUCUUCAAGAUCAACUUGAUUGCUUUCCAGCACUUUGUCGAUUUCAGUAUGAAAGAUGCUGCCUGUUUAUAGUGAGUACCUUGGAGCCUAUACUGCAAAUUUACUCGGUAUAGCUCGGCUUCAGGCUGGCGGUAGUAACAUUGAGCUGUCCGUUACUGAAGACAAGCUUGCUUGGGCUGUUCAUAUAAUUGCUGCUGUUGUGAAGAUGAGACAGUGUGCUAGUUCUAGUGCUGCUGCCCCAGAAGUACUUGAUGCAGAACUCUCAGCCCAUGUUAUACGUAUAGUAAAUGUCACAGAUAGUGGGCUACAUAGUCAGAGAUAUGGUGAAGCGAGCAAGCAAAGGCUUGAUAGGGCAAUUCUAAUCUUUUUCCAGAACUUCAGAAAGUCUUAUAUAGGUGAUCAGGCUAUACAUUCGUCAAAGCAGUUGUAUGCCCGAUUGUCUGAGCUUCUUGGACUCAAUGAUCAUCUUUUACUAUUAGAUUUCUUUAUCCGAAAACUUGCAACAAACCUUAGGUGUUAUGCAGAGAGUGAAGAACUCAUUGAUCACACUUUGCGUCUGCUGCUGGAGCUGGCAUCUGGUUACAUGACCCAAAAGUUACUUCUCCAGUUGGAUACUGUUAAGUUUAUAAUGGCACAUCCUACGAAAGAACACUUUCCCUUUCUAGAAAAGCAAGCAUGCUUUCGCAGUAGAACAACAUUUUACUACACUAUUGGAUGUCUAAUCUUUGUGGAGGAUAUCUCUGUGAAAUUCAAGAUAUCAAUGGAUCCUCUUCUCCAGGUUUUGCUCACUUUGGAAUCAGUACAGGACACCAUGUUCCGAACUGAUACAGUGAAGUAUGCUUUGAUUGGACUUAUGAGGGAUCUUCGUGGGAUUGCUAUGGCUACUCAUAAUCGCCGGACCUUCGGCCUACUUUUUGACUGGAUAUAUCCUGCUCACAUGCAAGCUGUUUUGAAGGGAAUGUCACAUUGGGCUGAUACUCCAGAGGUCACAACGCCACUGUUGAAGUUUAUGGCUGAGUUCGUGCUAAACAAAUCUCAACGAUUAAAUUUUGACUGUUCUUCCCCAAAUGGCAUCCUUCUUUUUAGGGAAGUUAGCAAAUUGCUUGUUGCCUAUGGAUCAAGAAUCUUGGCAAUCCCAAAUCCUACUGAUAUAUAUGCCUACAAAUACAAGGGAAUAUGGAUUUCUUUAACUAUUCUUUCAAGAGCUCUUGCUGGAAAUUAUGUAAAUUUCGGUGUGUUUGAACUCUAUGGAGAUAGAGCACUUACAGAUGCACUGGACAUCACCCUGAAGAUGGCACUGUCAAUUCCACUAGCUGAUAUUAUUGCCUACAGAAAGCUCACAAGGGCAUACUUUGCCUUCUUGGAAGUUCUUUUCAACAGCAACAUUGGCUAUGUACUUAACCUUGAUACAAAAACAUUCAUGCUUAUAGUUGGUUUGCUUGAAGCUGGUCUGAAAGCACUUGAUGAUGGCAUAUUAACUCAGUGUACAUCCGCAUUUGAUAAUCUCGCUUCGUUCUACUUCAACAACAUCAUAAUGGAGGAAGCACCAAAUUCACCUGCUGCUGUUAGUUUUGCUAGACACAUAGCAGAAUCCCCGAGUUUAUUUCCUCAAAUACUAAAAACAUUCUUUGAGAUUGUUCUUUUUGAGGAGAAUGGAAACCAAUGGAGUCUUAGUCGACCAAUGCUUGGAUUGAUGCUUAUUAGUCAACAGAUAUUCAAUGAUUUAAAAGCUGAGAUUCUGGCUUCUCAGCCCGUCCAUCAGCACCAGCGCCUCUCCUUGUGUUUUGACAAAUUAAUGAUGGAUGUUACAAACAGCUUGAGUACAAAAAAUCGUGACAAAUUCACUCAGAAUCUGACAAUAUUCAGGCAGCAGUUUCGGGCAAAAUAAGUUUAGGCGCUUUCUCAUGGCUAGUAAUACUACUGAUUUUUUGGGGGGGAGAAUAUUUGAAUCCCUUUCUGAUGUGAAUUGUAUUAGUAUUUCUCGCGGUUUCAUUUUAGUGGUCUCACGGAUACAAACUCGUGAGGUGCCGAAAGGUCUUCGUUUUUUUCUCGGUGUGAAGAGAGAAGCUUUUUGAAGGUUCCGCCAUGUUUUUUCUGGGGGACUUAGCUCUGAACUUCUGGGUGAACUGUGUAGUGUGUACAGCUAUGAACGGAUGACGACAAAGUGAAGAAGGUGAAAGAGCAAUUAACCGACGGUGUGGAAGAGCAAUUCACCGACAGUGAAUCAAAACGCCGUUGUGCCAGUAAAAUCCAUUACAGGUUGUCUUGGCUGUAAUGGAUCAUGUCACUUUGAGAUUCUGGCAUGGUGGUUCUUUUAGGAAGAAAAAUGAUUGCUUAGUUUAUCUGAAUGGACACAAUAAGACUUUUGAGGUAGAUCCUGAUGAACUAUGUUGGUUCUGGCUUGAAGAAUUGGCAAAGAAAUGCGGUAGUUACAAUGUGAUUAAAGAAAUCUUUUAUUUGCUGCCUGGUAUGAACUUGGAUGAAGGAUUAAGAAAAGUGUACAAUGAUCAUGAGGUUCUGCAGAUGGCAGAAAUCCUGGUUAAGGUCAGGUGUCUCGAUUUGUAUGUGCUUCAUGGCCUUGAUAAACCAGAAGAAUUGCUGAUGUUACCGCCAAAUACAAACACAGAAUCUCUUACAGAACCCUCAGAUGUUAACCAAAAAGGUGUUUCUGAGGUCGUACAUCAUGAGGCUGAGACAACAUCAUGGGGACAUGAUGGUGAUUAUGAAGCUGAGGUUGAACAUGAGGCUGAAACAGAUUUGUACAGAUUUGUCUAGCAUCUAUUGAUCUCAUUAUGUAUUACUACAUAACAGGGUAAAAGCUGGCUAAUAUUAUGGCACCUCAACUACCUGCACAACUACCUCAUCUCAAAAUACUACUAACAUUUAUUAAGCAUUUGUGUACAGAUUUGGAAACACAAUAGAUAACAUCAUUAUUAUUGAAUAAACUUAUUACACCUAAA